GCUAGCGGCCGCAGACGAUAACCACCUAACCGUAUCCCUCCGACGCCACAAGCCACUUCACUCACUACACAGCGUCCGACGGCGUCGAAAUCGCACGCCAAACGCCUCGAAAUAGCGCCGGCCGACGCGAGCGGCUCACGCUCGUGCAAAAGCGGCGCGCUGGCAACGAGUAGAUUCGCUCCCAACGGCCCGUAAAGGCGCCCGAAGCCGGGACUAUUUUCAAGUAUCGGAGCGAAAGGUAGUGAGCGAGCGGGGCGCCGCCAUGUUGCGUCAGGCCUCGGCUUCUCGCGCCUCCCCUCGCCUACUCGCAGCAGUGGGGUCCGGCGCGUGGGACAGGAUGUGCUCGGAGGGCCACGGCUCCCGACUGACUCCCAGCACUGGCAUGUCGGCCAAGGAGCUCUGCGAGACUGACGACCUGGCCACCUCGCUUGUGCUCGACCAGUACCUGGGCUUCCAGACGCACAAGAUGAACACACGAGCAUCAAACUCGUGUCACGCUCUCCGGGACACGCAACCUAGGUUCCGGCCGGUGAAGGGCCGCCGCGAGGAGCUGCGCAAGGUGGCGGAGCAGCUGCGUGUGGACGGUGACGUGGAGAAAGCUUACCGCGCGCUCAGCGCCCGGGAGUGGCCGCGAAACCACCUGCUGCACAAGAGCAUCUUCAAGGAGCACGUUCUCCGCUACCUCCGCAUAUUCACGGCGGAGAGCGGCUUUGAGAUCCAGCAGUGCACGCGAUACUCGUCGGAGAAAAAUGGCGCCAAGGUGGUGGCUACGCGAGAAUGGAAGAAAAACGAGAAAAUGGAGCUGCUGGUCGGCUGCAUCGCGGAGAUGACGCCCGAGGAGGAGGCGCUGCUCCUACGGCACGGCGAGAACGACUUCAGCGUCAUGUACUCGACGCGCAAGAACUGCGCACAGCUCUGGCUGGGCCCAGCCGCCUUCAUCAAUCACGAUUGCAGGCCAAGUUGCAAAUUUGUGUCGACGGGACGUGACGCGGCGUGCGUGCAAGUGCUGCGUGAUGUGGAGCCCGGAGAGGAGAUCACGUGCUACUACGGUGACGGCUUCUUCGGGGAGAACAACGAGCUGUGCGAGUGUCACACGUGCGAGAGGCGAAGCCAGGGCGCCUUCAAGCCUAAGGACGGCUCAUCGGAGGCACCGUCGAGCGGCCUCAACAGCGCCUACCGCCUGCGCGAGACCGACAAGCGGCUGCACCGCCUCAAGAAGAGCUGUGUGGGCGGCAGGGAUUCUGCCGGGAGAUAUUCCAGGAUGUCCGGCGGCACCGACACCCAGCGCAGCGCGCGCCGCCUUCUCUCCAAUGCCAAGAAUGCGUACACGCCCAAGAAGACGACACGUAAAGCGCGGGCAUCGGCGAACAGGCCGCCACGCACGGCCUACAGCAGCCACCACGGCGGCCGACUGGCGUUCCUCCCCUCCGGAGAACACUUGACCUUCGACGCUGUGGAGCUGCUGGCGACCGCCAUUCGGCUGCGUCAACCGAGCCGGCUCGUGCCUCGCGACGGGCGACCGGCGCCACCGUACCGCUCCCCCGCCGGCCUGCGCGCCCCCGCGGCACCGUGCGACGAGUUCUUCCCGUGUGUACUGCUCGCCACGGCGUCGCCUGCCGGCCCCGCCGUGCCCCCGCGUUUGCUCAAGCGCUGGCUCUCGGGUGGCGGGGGCGGUGGGGGCGGAAGCGACGGCAGGGAGCGGCCGAGGAACGGCCUGAACGGGCUGGCGACGGUCGGCACCGCUCGGCUGAAGGCGCUGCUGCAGCAGGCGCUCCUGCGACAGCCCAAGGUGGUGCUGAUUAAAGACCCGGCCGUGGAGCGGCUGUGCCGCGGCGGGCGGCGGGCGUGCGACCCCGCUACGGGGCCGGCUCGCGUCAAGGAGCCCGGCGGCCACGGCAACGGCGCCGACGACGGCCGUCCCGUGCCUUCGCCGGCGUGUGGGGCUCUGGCCGGGUGCAGCGAGGUGCUGGCCGACGCUGCCGACGCGCUCAGCCUGUGCAAGGCGCCGUUGCAGGCGACCGAGGCAAGCGACGCGGCCGGGGGCUGCUUGCCCCCGUCGCCGGCAUGCGGCACCAGCACGGGCUUUGGCGCCGGCGGGCGAGCAGGUGCGCUGCCCGCUGAGCCGGCGGUCUCGAAUGCACGCGAAUGCAAGGCGAGGGCGGGCGAAGCGUACGGCACCUCCGUGACCCCACCGCCCAAGCGCUUCCCGCUGCUGCGCAUCCCCCCCGCGGGGCCCGGCUCGGGCUCCCGGAAUGUCGCCUGGGAGCCGCCCGGCAGCACCGCCGCCGCCGUAGCUGCGGCCCCCUUUUCCAGCAAUCUGGUGGCCGACAUCGAGAACUGGAUGCUGGAGGGCGACCGGGACUUCGACUCGGAUCUCCUCAAAAUUGUGGCCGGCGCGGGGGCGGCCACCCCACGCUCGAGUGUCGGCCGAAGCACGCCGAGACCGGACGGCGAUGGUGGCGGUGGCGUCGGCGGCGACGGCGACGUCGAUGGCGGCGACGCCAGGCGGAGGAAGCGCUCUUCGGGGAGACCGGUGCGGGGAGACGGAAAGCUUUUGCGGCUCUCGCCCCUGAAACGAAACGCGAGCGGCGGCGGCGGCGGCGGCGGCGGCAGGAGGGGCAGCCUCGGCACCGCUAAAUCUCCCACUCCCUCGCCACCGGCUUCAGCAGAAUUACAGAUGGGUAGCAUCGCCCCAGAGAGGCGAGGAAACUCCAAGAGGCGGCACAGCGCGGACGAGUACCAGGCGGUGCUGGUGAAGAGCGAUGGCGUCGUCUCCACCGCUACCACCACCACUGCCACCGCCGCUACCACCCAGCACCUGGAGGGCAUUGACUCUAGCACGGUCGUCCGGGCACAGUUACCCAAAGUGCGCAUUGUGCGGCUCAGCGGGGGCCUGCACAGCGCUGCCAGCUACGGCAAACGAGGCCGUGGCUGCAAAAAGUUGUUGGUGUACAAGUCGAUCGGACCGACGGGCCCCACACAGCUUCGGCUGCGGCUGCAGAAGCGCAAGAUCCGCAAGCGUAGCUCCACGCGCAAAGACGUGCCGGAAGCGGACGCCACCAUCGCCGCUCCCGUGAGCGCCGGCGGGCAGGCGGCAGCGACGGUGGAGGCACAGGCUCAGAGGCGGGGUGGAUCCUCGCAGAAGAGGGGAACCGCUGGGGUGGACGUGCCUGCGUUCCUGCCGUUCUCACAGCCCAAGCGGCUGCGCCUCAUCCUGGGCAAGGAGUCCAUUGACAUUGACAUUAUGGCACGCUGCCAGGCGGGGAUUUAGGAUAGCAGCGGUGGGAGGGAGAGAUGGAGACAUGAGGACUUGUUCAAUAAUAGAUGCUGCUUUCUGUUUGCAGACAUUGUUAAGCGUCUGUGAAUAUGGCUGAGCUACGUGUCGUCACCGUGUUUUGGGAUGAAGCUGACCACAUUGAUCAUGGUCGCUGCAAAAUCUUACUGCAGUAAACACAUAUAUCAUAUUAAUAGGACACUUACUAUUAACUUCUCAGUAAUUUCCACUUUAUUUUCUAAACAACCCCUGUUCCACACAUUUUCAGCAAGUCAUUGUCACACAAUCCAUUGGCUGAGUUGGGCUCCGUUCACACAGGGCUGGCAAAACUUGCACUAUGACCGGCUCGGUUUAUUCAAGCCCUGCAGGAGACACUUUGCUUUUGUUUGUGAAAAAUAGAGGGUCGGUGGCCCAAUGAGAGUCGUGUGGGCAUGGCACAGAUGGAGGAUGGUGUGUAUUUUCAAAACGUGUUGUGUUUUAUUGUUUGUUAUUGCUGAAUUGGUCGCUCUUUGAAUCUAAUUGAAAGGUCACCUCCAUAUCACAAGCAUUUGAAGUCAGGAUUGUCCUAUUUCAAGGCACAUUGAUCAGUCAGCUUUUUAAAAGACAUGCAGAGUUCUUAGAAAGCCUUGUCUUAAUGGCUAGUGCCCUUCACAACCCUGCUCGGAAAUGUCACUUUUUUAUUUCUCAAAAAGGUCACGUGCUUGAAGCCACACAACGUUUUAAAAAAACAUCUUGAGUCAACAAUUUACUUUUUUCCCCCUCAUCUUUGUCUGCAAACAUGUGGCAGUAAUAGCAAUUCUACAUUGACAUGUUUGUGCUUAGGACAACCAAUGUUGACUGCCCCCAAAGUGGUGCUCCUUUUAUUGACUGGGGAGGGAUAAUGGGUGACCGAGUUGAUCAAACUAGAAUUUAAACUCCGUAACCCGAUUGCUGGUCAGUCAUUUUAACAAAGGCACACCUAAUGUGAAACUACAGCACUUUUGGUGCUACGUGGUUAUGACAAAGCUGAGACAAAUAAGCUCAUCAUUUUUAAGCAGCAGUUAAUCAUGUUGUGGAUGUAGAUGCAAAAAUGGUCAAUAAUUUUCGGUGCCAUUUUAUUUCUUCAUAGCAUAAAAGUGACCUGUAUAGUGUCCCCGUGGGCCCCCAAAGUAUUUGACUUGCAUUGAGUUCAGACCAUACAAGGAGUGCCAUCACCUCUGUCGGUGCACUCUUCGCGUUAAGCAGAGCAACUUUAUUUCAGUUGAUUGCCAAUUUGGAUUUGAUCUUUUACAGCAUUUUCAAACGCCCCUUGCACGUGAACCAAAAUAAUUAAACAGAAGUUUGAACAGAAAUUUUACUUGCUUUGAUUUUACUUGAAAGAGAGUUGGCCAUGGUGGCCAUAUACCGUAUUUGGUUACUGGUUUAAUGAUGUUACGAUUGUUAAUUUAAAUGGGUUUUUUUUGUUUUUGUCGGUGCGCAGGGUUGAUCUUGUGAGUGCCCACCAAGGCUGUUGUAAGCCUUUCCACAAUGGCAACGCGGUGUGAGUGGUUACUGUGCAUGCGUUCAAAUGAGAGGUGCUUUGACGUUUGACGAGUUACAACUUGCAGCAAUCCACUAUCCGUGCAGAAGGAUUAGCCAAUUGUUCAUGUAAGAA